GCUCGAUUAUUGUUGAAUAUCACCAACACCAUCACCUCCAACCAUAAUUUACUUUACGUUUACAACGUCAACAAGGUGUAAUUUUUUGUGUAAUUUGAUUUUUUUCAUUGUUCGUUUGAAAAAAUGGAAAGCGACUUUAUCGAGGACGCGGCUGCCUCGUGCGCGGGCGUCCACGAUUUUGGUAAUAUUAUGGAUGAAGAACAAGAACUACAGCAUAAAGUCACAGGAUCGCUGAACGAACAAAAUGUCAUCGGCAAAGCGGACCCAUCGACGACGUCGGAAGCGGAACGCGAUGUGCCGGAAAAUUAUGCCUUUCGGUUUCCACUGAAUGAGUGCCCAAGCGGGCUGGUGUUCUUCAAUAGGGGUAUACAUAUUUAUUUUUACAUUCUGAGAAUACGCAAAUGAAAAGGUUUUUACCUUUUAGUCGGGAUCGGAGACGUGGCCAUGGAACUACAGAAUGAAACUUUCCUCUAAUAAAAACAAGAGCCAAAUGGGACUGAUGUAGCACCAACUACUGGAGAUGAAGACGAAGACAAUGAAAAAGUCUCAUCCUCGGGAAGUUCUCCGGGUCCGUCGAGCGUAGCUUCCUCACCUCCGGUAGGCCUAGCCUGCUGCACUUCUCCAGUAAGAAAAAGAAACGAGCUCGUGCUUCUUCCGGUAGCAGCUCAACUGAAAGCGCCGCUUCCAGCAAGUUCCCAUGAGCAGAUUCUUACCCGCCGAACCAAAAGUGAAACAGUACAUAGACAUAGAGAUGAUGCUUUUUUGGAUAGGUCAUUUUCUUCCCUAUUUGUACUUAGAUUGCAUUGGGUAGACUUCAUGACUUCAUACCUACAAGAUAGGAGUAGAACUAGAACAUCUGAUUUAAUAAAAAAAACUCUACAGGUACAGAAGAACAAUGGAAAUUAUGGUCCGGCAGGCUCGUCAUCGACUACCUCUUCGUCUUCCGGAGCGUUGUUAUGUCUUCGGCCACGAUAUUUUUUGUGUAUGUGUCAAAGUUUCUGCAACAUGAUGAUACAGAUUCUCUAUACUUAGUUAGCAGGCUCCUCUAGCUGUAGGUCUACCAGCAUGAUAUAUUAGUUUAUGAUGUGGUUGUUGUUACUGGGCUGUUCUCAUCCACCAGGUCCUUCUUCUAUCUUGAUGGUGCAUCUCCAUUUAGAAAUAGAUGAGGAUAAUUUUUUUUCAGAUUUAACAGUUCCAGUUCUAUUUCUAAUGAGCGAUGGUUCAUCAGGAGAAAGGUCCUCCUCGAAAGGACCCAGCAAGCUCAUCGAGCUGCAAAAAUUGGACGGCGAAACGAGACAGUAUACUACUAGCACCGGAGUAGAUUUACGCAGUACGUCCACCAAGUACGGAAGCGUGUCCUCGGACGUGUCAUCUUCUGCAAAAACCAGAACAAAAAGUGUUGAAAAAGAAGCAGAAUUAUUAAGGCUUCCUUAUAUAUAUAUAAAUAAGCAGGAUCAUUACUCAAAGUCUGUCGAAAGACUCUUUUCCUUCGUCCGUGUCGAGCCAUAGUUUUUGCUGAUUGUCUAAGCUUGAUUACUCGUGCUUGCUCGAACUCGAGGGUAUAGUGCAUCCAUGCGGUGAAAAAUACUUAUAUAUAUUUAGUAUCUUUGUACAAUCUACAUAAUCUUCACCGACCCGUUUGUAGUAAUCAUGGUAAAAUCAAAAUCGACAAAAUUUCUAAUAUUAUACGACUUAACUACAGGCAGAGCAUCACACAUCUGCAGAAAUGCUGGGUCACUGUGUGCUGCCUUUCUUGUGGGAGCAUUGCUUGUGUUUAUUGGAUGGUCGCAAUGGGCUGCGGAGCUGAAUAUUGCUAAGAACAACUGAGACGGAAACGAGAGACAUCAAGAUAGUCCAACGGGACUUUUUUUUUUGGUGCUUAUUAUAUACAUAUUAGUAUUUAUAGGGUAAUAGACAACUUUUCUCAAAUCCUUAAGAGUCUCCCUGAAGUGCUUCCCUUGAAGGAAACUGAUAUCCUUAAAGAAGUUCUAGCGCAAAGAGUUACUAUAACUUUCCGUAAGGCAAAAGAUUCCCCUUAAGGAGGCCCCUUGAGGAGAAGUUGCCAUAUAUACUGAGGCUGAUGAUUGAUAGGCCCUCCUCUAAGGGCUACAGCCACCUCGCAAGGGCCUCAGCUUGCUAGCUUAAUAGCCAUGGCCAGCUUGCUAGCUGCUAGGCCCUAGCUUGCUUGCUUGCUUGCUUACCCCUUAACCGUAGCUACCUGGCUAGGUUAGCCGUAGCUAGCCAGCUCGCUGCUUCGCCAUAGCUCGCCUGCUAGCUGCUUCGCCACAGCUAGCCGGCGAGCUGCUUAGCCGUAGCUAGCAAGCAAGGUAGCUGCUCGGUCGUAGCUAUCUAGCUAGCUGCUUCGCCAUGGCGAGCUUGCUAGCUGCUGUGCCAUAGCUUGCUAGCGAGCUUACUAGGUAGCUGCUCGGCCUUAUUUAGCUAGCAAGCUAGCUACUUGGCCAUGAUAGCUAGCUUGCUAGCUGCUUGGCCAUCGCUAGCCUGCUCCCAGCUGCUUAGCCAUAACUAGCUUGGUAGGUGGUUCCUUUGCGCGACCUAGCUCAGCAGAUGCUUUCUUAGCCACAGCCAGCUUCCUUGCUGGCUAGCUUGGCCAUGGCCACCCUGCUAGCGUAGCUUAGCCCGGCAGCUAGAGCCAGCCUCUUAGCCUAAUCUUGGCCAGCUUGCCAGCUCCGCCAUAGCAUAUCUAGCUUUUUGGCUUUGCCAUGGCCUCUCCAGCUCGCUGGCUUAGCCACAGCCAGCUUGCUACCUUAGCCACAAGACAGCGACAGCCAGCCCGCUUGUUUGGCCAUCAAGCGCGUCCACGAUAGUCCAUUCUGAAGCAGCCGCGCGUCGCUAGUUUGGUGACUUAGUGGCAGCGGCUUGCGUCGUAGUCUUAUCUGUCUAGUUGCUAACCUAUGGAUGCCCAGCGCAGCGGGCCCUUGGUGGGCCCGCUCCUUGGGCGUGUAGAUAUACGCUCCAGGGGUCAGGGGCCACGGCCCCCCGAUUCAAAUUUUCGAGGGGGGGCCUCCAGCCCCGGGCCCUUUUUCUCGAAGGAUAGCCGGGCGGGAAGGGCUCGAAGCGCGCACCUUCGCGGCCUCGCGGCUUCUUGCUUGUACCCUCCAGAGCCUCCGGCUUGGGGCGGAAGGCUUCCGAAGGCGGAAAGGGUGGCACGGCUUGACGUGGCCCCCUCGCCGUGUUGCAUGUACCUUACAGACCUCCCGUGCCGUAUUGCGUGUACCCUACACAGACACAGACCUCCCGCGUGCGGGUACUUCACUGGGGGAGUUUCUUGGGCGGUCGAAGGCCGCUGAGGGCAGCAGGUGGCAAGGCUUGGCCCCUUUUGCUGUGCUGCGUGCAUGUAUCUGAGAAAACCCAGGCGGGCACGCCUUGCCCCCCGUCUUCCUCGCCUUUCUUUGGUCCUCAACCCGCCGCCACGACGCAGCACGCGCUCACAGAUCGAUCGAAGGCCCGUGGAUCGAUCAAAGAGAGACCCGGGGAUCGAUUAGUGGCCCCCGGAUCGAUCAGUGACUCGCGGCUCGAUCAGUGACCCGCGGAUCGGUCAGUGGACCGCGGAUCGGUAGGUGAUCCACGGACCGACCAGUGGCCUACGGAUCGACCAGUGGCCCGCGGAUCGAUCAGUGACCCUUCCACGGAUCGCUCAGCGAUCCACGGCUCGACCAGUGAAGUGAACCACGGACGCGGGCAUUUAUGUAUCCGUGCACCAGGAGGCGGCAGCCCAUGCACUUCGCAAGGCUCUUCUUCGUUCUUGUUCUUUGCUUUGUUUACUUCUUCGGGGUAGCAAUCAACUCAACUCCGUGAGGACUUGCCUUCAAGAUUAGCACUUGGCUAGACCCUUGCGUGUGUGUGUGAGUGUCCAGAUCUUGUUCAAUCAAGACGCGAGCUGCUGUGUGCUACGUCACGCUUGAAAUUAAGCGCAGAAAUUUCGCCCACCCCGGAAGCUCUCGGCGUCACGCGUCACGUAAUAGCUCUACGGCGUUCCGUAUCUAUGUAAGUCCCACGGGGGGCCUCCACCCCUGGAGCGGAUGCCUCUUCUCUAGGUCGGACGGAGGUAGAUCUACUCAGCAUAUAUACGUAGAAAUAGCGACAGAAAUGAGAGAUACCCCACAAAAAGUAUACCUAGAUAUAAAGACAGUGACAAAAUAACUACGUAUGUAAAUGAUUUAUCCUCAUCCAAAUUGUAUUUGAUGAUAAAUUUAAAUAGGCACCAGUCCCAGUGGGUAUUUCUGUAGAAGAGGACACAACCCUUCUAAGAAGUGCGCACGGAAUGCUCCAAAAAAGUGCAUUGGUGAAGCGUGCAACGAUUCAGGAAGGACAGGCUCGAUUGAUCGAGGUAAUUGGCCAUCCUCGUUUUCGUUAUGUGCAACUCUAGCCCGUCAGCAUCUCCUAGUCCAUCAGGAUCUCUUAGCCCGUCAGCAUCUGCUAGCUCGACGCACCCAAAUAGACACUAACGCUUGAGAUAAUGAAUGUGCUCGAUUGCGAUUGCGUACAGUCGAUAGAAGAUAGUCUCUGUAAGCGGUCUUUUUAACUUGACUUCGACUUUCAUGCUCGCGUGCGAUUUGGACUAGAACUAGUGCAGUGUAGUCGUGAUGAUGUAGGUGUUAUGGUUUUAUAUUAUCUGAUUUGAUGAGCUUCCAAAUGCAACUUUGUUGUAGCUCCUUAUGCGACAAACUAUAUUGACACAGAGUUCAACGCGACGUCGAGGUAGAAAGAAAGCUCUCACGUGUAUCUGCAUGCUCUAAUGUUGACGUUGGCGGGGGACGUCAGAUACACUACCGAACAGGACGAUUCCGAUUUGCUGUAUUUUGGCGUGCCAGAUUUUUAUGACCGCGCAGGUUAAGAGUAGUCAAGUAGCCUCCGCCCCAACCUUGCUUAGCUCGUUACUUCCAGACAAAAAGCUCCAAGUCGAGCACGGACUACUAUGUAAUGUAUCCGUAGUCUUGGUUGGAAGGUAGUUAAUUAUGAUUGAAGAUAAGUCAGAUCCUUCUAAGCAAAAAUCCCACCCAAGGGCAAGGCAAAAAGCAACUGGCAUGAGCCCUGGAGCGCGAAUGACUUUUCUGCAAAAGUUCUGCAGCAAUCUGAGCCGACCCGAGUAUCACAUCGAACAGGAAUUUUUUUUGAUUCGUCAGCAUGCACACCGAUUUAUUUCAUUGUCGUGAAUGGCGGCGUUUCCAUCCAAAACAUCUGGCAGCGGGGCAUGAACUUGAACUCCUUUGCAAUGGAUCCGGAUGCUAGGUUUAAAAAUGCCUGGACCGAGCUCACCACAAUCGAGCUGAAGAGAGUAGGGGCACUAGAAAAAAAAGAAGAGGUAGAAGAUAUACCUGACCACGAAGAUUUAAGGCUUCUUAACCUCCUAGUGAUCCAUUUUCAGAACGCAGCAUCUUCGAGACGUUCUCUGGGAAAGAAAGGUCUCAGGAUGGUCUUCAAGAUGGAUUGGGGGGGUGAGCUCUAAAAGACGACUGGGAACGAGACGAGAGGAACAAAAGAAAGAGGGAGAAAGAGAUGAGAACGCGCCCCAUUCGAAAUAGUAUCGAGGAGCGGCAGAUGAUCGAGACCGACGCGCAAAUCUUUUUCACGGAGGCAGCUUUUGAUCGCGCGGAUCAACUUCAUAGGGCGGCGGGGUACAGGUACAGAAUUGAUGAAAGUGUACCUUGGGAUGACGAGAACAACAUCCGAACGUACGACGCUCCUUCGAUCAGACACAAACUCCGAGAGAGAAUAAUCGAUCUCGACCAGCACACCGAUAAAAGCCCGAGGGGUUGGCGCACUAGGGAUGCGACUGAUCAGAACUCAGAAUGGACUACAAAGUAUCGACGGACUACUCACGAAGUUCUGCAGAUGCUCCGUCAGCGUCAAGAGAAACCGGAAUCCGCAAUGACGGGUUCAUGGCGCAACGACAUACAGGUAUUCGCAACAUGCCACGCGAAAAAGGGAAUUCCAAUUGUUGGUCUUGGUGCCACAGACGAAGAGCUUGCAAGUGAAUUGCGUGAUCAUAAGUUCAAACACAAUGUCGGCGACUCCAGCUCGGAGUGCGCUACAAGUGUCCAUAGUAAGCUGCAAGAUCUCAGCAAGCACUUGAUUCCGAUCAUCAAGCUCCCGCCAGCCUCUGGGCCUGGCACCAACUUUUUGGCGCCGGUUUAUCGCCGGGACAGAGAACGUAAGCGGUUUGUCAUGAACGACAGUGAUUUUUGGUACUACAGAUCUUCGGAAAUCGUUCACCGUUUGAGAGCUGAAAAACACUUAUUAAGAGCGUAGACAUCUGCAUCUGGAGAUCCUCGAUACGAAAAUCAGAUGGUGCUGAAACAUACUCCAUCCAUCGUCUCAUGCACAACGGACUAACUGCUUUGUUACGUAGUUUUGCUUCUGAUACUCGAAAACUCUACCUAGAGACAAUUUCGUGCACAGUAACAGUAUCAUAUUGAUGCACAUCCUCAAGAGGCGCUAAUCUUUGCAAGGCUCGAUCAUGGGAAGGGGCAGUCGUUGGAAAAGCCAUCGACCACUCAGGGCGUGAACGAGCACUAUUUGCUCCAUUACGGCGUGACAACCCUGGACGAGACGCUUUAAGGCCUAACUUAUAUUUUUGGUACAUUCGAAUUGACAACAAGUCUUGGCUUCCCCACCGAAUGUUUUCAGCUUGUUUGUUGUAUCUAAGAGCUGAGAGGGCGGAUCCAAAGUGCUAGAUCUAGAGUUGAGAACGUGCUUUGUGUAUGUUGUGGGGAAGCGAAAAAUGAAUAGAAAAACCGGCGACCUCUAACAAGAGACGGCAACAGAUGCCGCCUUAGCGAAAUGGGCGAAUAUCUUCGAUGUAAAGAAGCCGGACGCCCUAUUCCGCCAAGCGACAACACUUGUUCCUUAUUUAGAAGAGCAACCUCAUCCUCAGUUAGAACAUCCAACAGGAGUUUUUUUCAACUCGGGACACUGUACAGCUGUGUAUUUCGUUCUUGUCACGAACUCGGCAAAGCAUCCACUGAAAGAGCAAUCGACUUAUAAACAUUUCCUAACGGGCGGUUUUGACGAUGCGUCGUUUCUGAGCACAAUGAAGAGGUUGAUAGCACCAGAGAAAAGCGAUGCCGGCGUCGAUUCCACGGAAGACUGGUCAUUCUUGCUCAUCACUCAUGCUGCUUUUAGCCACGCACGAACACUGAUCGGAACUUACAGGAUUUUUUCUGCUCCGAUUUCGUCAAGACAGUUAACGGACUUCGAAACCAAAUACUACUCAAAGAUCCGCGCCUACAAGCAUGUUAACGGUGCCUUGAACUUGGAGAUGAUUGCAAAAAUGACAGCACCUUCGGAUGUUUUAGGCGGACUCAAGAAGUUCGGGCUGGUCCUUUCCACUAAGAAAGGCGAUUCUGGAUCAACGGUAGACGGAGAUCCUCGACCAGCAGAGGUGGACAUGCGUACAGCAGUUGUCGCAGACUGCCCCGCGAGGGCAGCUGUUGCACUUAGUACACUCAAUGAGGAAUGUGCUGAGAAGUUCUUCAGCAUUGGCAAAUGCUCGACGAGUGUCCGUGAGAAAAUGGAAAUGAUUACCAGCAGGUUGAUUCCUAUCUUAAGGCUACCUCCAAAGCAUCCUCAGCAUCAUCCUUGGUUCUCUUUCUACAAAUAGGAACCAGGGAUGCUUUCAAGGAUGCGAACGUGAUAGCUCCAACUAUCGCGUCUGUGAGCUGGACAGAGAUGCCUGACACUGGCUCGGAAGAGGAAGUAAAAGUAAUUACGGGGCCUGCCGCAUCGUGGGAUGCCACACGCAGAGGUUUUAUAAUCCAGGACACUUCACAGGAUCUACUUGAAAAGUAUCCGCCUGCUGUUCUUGUUGCAAAGACGCAAGUCGAGAUUGACAUUGAGUAAAAUGAAUAGAUGACGCAAAAACUCG